AUGUGUUCUAAUAGUAGCAAUUCUUCUGAAUGUCUUAAUGAUGGUCAAUGCAAUUCCGAUGACAUUUGUAUAUGUACAAGUGCCUGUUUCGUAGGAAAUUUUUGUCAAAUUGAUUAUAAUGCUGCUCGUCUACCAUUAGCUGGUGCUAUCGUUCAAGACAAUCCAUCAACAGAAGGAAUUUAUAUUCUUAUUUUUGUCUUAUUGGCAUUUAUUGGUUUUAUCAAUAAUAUUUUUGCAUUGACAACAUUGUUUCGUGAACGAAUUCGAAUUACAAUAUGGGGCGUUUAUUUAAUUGUUUUCUCUAUACUUAGUAUCAUACUUAUGAUAAUAAUUCUUUCCUAUAUAACGACCGUUGUUAGAUAUGAUAAUAGUACAUACCGACUUUUGUCUUGUCAUGCUAUACCAUUCUUAUCUCUUAUAACAAUUGAUGGAGGUAUUUUAUGUACAGUAGCAAUUGCUGUCGAACGUGCUUUUAUUGAAUGUUGGAAUUUUAAUGUUAAUGGAUCACGAUUACGUGCAUUACUUAUAUCUGGUAUGAUUAUACUCUAUACAUGUGGUUCAAAUUUAGAUGAUAUAUUUAUUCGUCGUAUUUCUAAUGAUCCAUUAGGUAAUCUAAUUUGUACCUAUGAUUUUGAUCGAUAUCCAACUUGGCGUCAUCUUGAUAUUGUUUUCUCCUAUGCACAUGUUGUCAUACCUUGUCUAGUACAUUUAAUGUGUUCCGUAUGUGUUCUUACAACAAUUGCUCGUAGAAAAAUCUUUAUUCGUAGUACAAACGAGAAACUUUAUCGAGUUUGGUUACAACAAUUAUUUAUUCAUCGAGAUUUUUUUAUUCCACCAAUAUGUAUUAUUCUUUGUACUCUUCCACAUGGUAUAUUAGGUCAUUUACUUGAAACAUGUAUACCAUAUUCAGAUAAAUUUAAACUUCGUCUUCAUAUAUCAUUUGUACUAUUACUUUAUAUUCCACAAACAUUAUCAUUUAUUUUAUAUAUCUAUCCAAAUGAAAUCUAUUGGAAAGAAUUUCAAAAGACAAUUAUUUAUCGUACAAUUUGUUGUUAUAUCUAUCAUAAACAAGAAAAGAGAAAACGAAUAUUAUACUAA